CUGGAUUUCUAGUAGUCUAAGCAAUAUGAAAAAAAAACUUUUAGGAGAGUAAAAGAGAUACACUUAAUGAUUGUGGGGAGGAAGACAGUCUGAUUAUUUAUUCACCAGAUAUUUUUAGUUCUGUAGGAUUCUACGGGUACCUGUAUUUUGGAUGUGAGCUUAAAGACAUUUUUCUCUACCUUUAGGUUAAAAGAGUCCACAUUUGGUGACAUCACCUUGGAGCUUCUUGAGUAUUCAUUUUUCUUUGACGUUUUUCUCUCUUCAAACUUGGAUGGUGUUACCCUUUUCAUCUUUCAUACAGUAUCUGUUAACUCCAACAUGGAGGCAAGCAAGAAAACAGAUCCUCCAGUGUUAGUGGAAACAAUACAGCAAAAGGCAAAUCCUGAUCGCCACCCCAUCCCAUCCAUUUAUGUACCAGAGCAAGGAGGUUACAAAGAAAAAUUUGUGAAUGCAGUGGAAGACAAAUACAAAUGUGAAAAAUGUCAUCUCAUCUUGUGCAAUCCAAGACAAACAGAAUGUGGGCAUCGCUACUGUGAGACCUGCAUGAGUACUUUGUUGAGUUCCCCAAGUCCAAAAUGUACAGCAUGUCAAGAAACUAUAGUGAAAGAUAAGAUAUUUAAGGAUAAUUGCUGUCGAAGGGAGCUUCUUGCCCUUCAGAUAUUCUGCAGAAAUGAAAAUAAAGGUUGCCGAGAUCAAUUGACUUUAGGACAGUUGCUGACACAUCUGAGGAAUGAGUGUCUCUUUGAAGAACUUCCAUGUCCUCGUACUGAUUGUAAAGAAAAAAUACUGAGAAAAGACUUGCCAGACCAUGUAGAAAAAAACUGUAACUAUCGGGAAACAACAUGUAAAUACUGUAAAAGCCAAGUACCAAUCAUUAUGAUACAAAAACAUGAAGAUGCAGAUUGCCCUUGUGUUAUGGUUACAUGUCCUCAUAAAUGCAGUGUUUCAGCACUCCUCAGAAAAGAGUUGAAUGCACAUUUGUCAGAAUGUAUUAAUGCCCCAAGUACCUGUAGUUUUAAGCGUUAUGGCUGCAUUUUUCAGGGAACAAAUCAGCAAGUUAAAGCACAUGAAGCCACCUCAGCAGUGCAGCAUGUAGACUUAUUGAAAGAGUGGAGUAAUUGUCUAGAAAAUAAGGUGGCCAUGCUCCAGAAUGAAAGCUUGGAAAAGAACAAGAGCAUACAAACUUUACAUAAUCAAAUUUGUAGCUUUGAAAUAGAAAUUGAGAGACAGAAGGAAAUGCUGCGGAGUAAUGAAUCUAAAAUACAUCACUUACAGCGGGUAAUAGAUAGUCAAGCUGAGAAGCUGAAAGAACUAGACAAGGAGAUUCGGCCUUUCCGACAGAACUGGGAAGAAGCAGACAGCAUGAAGAGUAGCGUUGAGUCCCUCCAGAACAGGGUGACAGAGCUAGAAAGCAUUGAUAAAACUACUGGGCAAGGAGCUAGAAAUACAGGUCUUCUAGAAUCACAAUUAUCUAGGCAUGAUCAAAUGCUAAGUGUUCAUGACAUCCGUCUGGCUGACAUGGACCUCCGAUUUCAAGUCCUGGAAACAGCAAGUUACAAUGGAGUAUUAAUCUGGAAAAUUCGAGAUUAUAAACGUCGAAAGCAAGAGGCUGUUAUGGGGAAGACUUUGUCCUUAUAUAGCCAACCGUUUUAUACAGGAUACUUUGGCUAUAAGAUGUGUGCCAGGGUUUAUCUCAAUGGAGAUGGGAUGGGCAAAGGGACGCACUUGUCUUUGUUCUUUGUUAUAAUGCGGGGAGAAUAUGAUGCAUUGCUUCCUUGGCCAUUCAAGCAGAAGGUCACCCUUAUGUUGAUGGAUCAAGGACCUUCUCGGCGCCACCUAGGAGAUGCUUUCAAGCCAGACCCCAACAGCAGUAGUUUCAAGAAACCCACUGGGGAAAUGAAUAUUGCAUCUGGCUGCCCUGUCUUUGUUGCACAAACUGUUCUAGAAAAUGGAACAUAUAUUAAAGAUGAUACUAUUUUUAUUAAAGUCAUAGUGGAUACUUCGGAUCUACCAGACCCCUGACGUAUCGCAGAAAGGCAGAUUCUACAGAAGACAACUCCAUCUGGGGCUCUUUUUUAUAUCUGUCUUUGAUGAGAGGUCCUUAAAGCUCAGAGAGGACCACUUUAUGUUAUCAGAGGAAGAGUUUGGAGGUAUAACUUACAUAGGGUCCAAUGGCAAACAUAGCAACCCAUUAAGAAACCAUAACUCUGGUGUAUUUUCUAAACCAAUAGGAACACUUCAAGUUCUGACAAGUUACUUAAUCCUCAUGAAGACAAAGAUCACUGUCAGAAAAGCUUUUUGUAAUUUAUUGACAAUAAUUUGGGAGAGGAAAAAAAAAGUAUCCUAUGCUGAAUACAACAUCAGACUUUUCUUUCAUUUUAACUACAAAUUAAAAGUUCACAUGUGGGUUAGCUAGAAACUGUCAGCAUGUUAAGUAAAAAAGAAGAAAUUAUGAAGUAUUGUUGCAGUUAAAGAUAUUAUUACUUUGAACAUCUAAGUGCAAUGUUGUCUGAAAUACAGUAUAUUGUCUAUUU